AGCCCACUCACGAAAGCCCGGAACCACAUGCUGGCGCGCGCCUACCAGAAUGGCAGCAACAGUGACGAGUUUUGUGACCGCAACGGAGCACGACCCUGACCGGUGUGGGAGUGAGGAGGAGACCCGCGGGGCCGAGGCGGAGGACAUCGGCCAGCCGCAGCAGCAGACGGGCCCCGCCGCCGCCGUGAGCCACAGCCGGCUGUCCAAACUCCCGCUGGCCCGCAUCAAGGCUCUGAUGAAGACCGACCCAGACGUGGCCCUCGCCAGCCAGGAGUCUGUGUUCAUCAUCGCUAAAGCCACGGAAUUGUUUGUUGAGAUGAUUGCCAAAGAUGCUCUUGUAUAUGCACAGCAAGGGAAGAGGAAAACCUUGCAAAGAAAAGACUUAGACAACGCAAUAGAGGCCAUAGAUGAGUUUGCAUUUCUUGAAGGCACACUCGAUUAAAGACUGUUUCAGGAGACUGGUCAAAACUGUCUGCAGCCAUCCAACAAAGUUUUUAUUACAGGGUCAUAAGUCAUUGUUGGAAACUAGCUGCUGCUUUUCUAAGUCAAAAUUUGAAGUUCAACAUUUAUUAAUGCUUUUAUACAAUGGUCCCUUAAGAUUUUUCAUGCUUUGAAGACAUGAUGGAGAUGUGUAAAUUUUUUGUAAAUACUUGUGGAAUACUGCUCACUAGGGUUUAAUAUUUUUCCCGAAAAUGACAUGAAUCAAAUCCCGGGAAAUGACGAGC